AUGGCAAUUUUUGACUCGGAGAAGCGCCCCCGCGGCCUUCGCGUCCCAUCCCUGACAGCAAUGAAGUCAUCUGCAGCCAAAUCACAAUUCUCUUUCCACAGCAAGAAAUCCACGGAAUCUGUGCCCGACGAUUCAACCCCAACCGUCAAACCAGUCCCACUACCAAAGCUCCCACCACCGCCAAACAAGGAACUCCCCGCGCCUCCCCAAGGCCUCCCCGCAAUUCCAGCUCCAUCCCAACUCACAGACAACCCCUACUUUCCCCCAAUUCAUGAUGUCCCAGAGAGGCGCCCAGUCCAGCGGGUUCCCGUUCCCGUGCCCGCCCCAGCCCCAGCUUCCGCGCCCUCCCCCCGAACAAGAGGAAUGCGCUCCAAGAUCUCUCAGCCCGAUCUGAGAGUCCAGGAACCAUCCCCGCCAUUGGAGUCUUCCCCCGCACCAGUGCCUCAAACUGUGCCUCAAAUUGUGAACGAUCCAAGUCCUCAAUUGGAAGAUUUCAUCCCAACCCCGGAUAGCGCGGAUCCACCCCAGAUCCCAUCUGCGCGUGAGGAGGCACCGUCCCCCUUUGUCCUGCCGGAGGUUGAACCUGUCGCACCGGAGCUGAACAAGAUUCACUUGACCUGCUACCAGGAGCACCGCGCGAUGCCGGUGGCGCAGAACACGUGGUGCCCAAUGCCGUGCAUGACCUGUCAGAAGUUUGACACCGAGAUUCGGCAUCGGUGCGUGUUCUGUUGUCUGCGGGUUUGUGAGGGGUGUUAUCAGAUGUUGCAGAAGUGCAAGAAUCGCUCGGUGGAGGAGCUUGUGGAUCGGGUUGCUUGA